AUGAGGUUACUGCCUGCAAAAUGGGGUACAGUGCAGAGUCAGCGACAAGUAUGGUUCAGAGAUUGCAAUGGAAGUGAUGUUGCCGAUUAUGAGCUUCAGAAUGUGGAUCUAUCCGGUGGAGUUCUUGUCUUGCGAAAGUGGACCCAAAACGACUUCAACAACGCAAAUUUCCUAUCUUUGUCCACGUUACUGAGUCAAAGUGCAGCAAAACUACAAACCGUCAAGGUUGAAGGUGUGUCUCAAUCGUCACCAGAAUAUCUCGCGUUUCUGAUUGCAGCGUGCACGAAAGCUCAUGAGGUACAGCUCAAGUCGUGUACUUUGAGCGAUACGGUUUGCACUUGCUUGAUGUCCAGCAUGAUGAAUUCGUAUGGUAUCAAAGAGUUGACUAUAAGUUUUCGCACUCGAAUGGCGUCAGCGAAUCAAGCACGAUUGCUCUUCCAGGGGGUUGCAUUGUCAACUUCGAUCCAGAAACUAGACCUGUUCUUCGACUUUGAGGAUAUGGAGGAUUCCGGGAUUGCACUUGUACAAGCCUUCGAGACGAAUCAAAGUCUCACUUCAUUCUCAUUAUAUUCACGGAGUUUGAAUAGUGAUUUCAUUCUUGAGAGCAUCAUUAGAGCCGCUGUGAAUAAUGUGACUCUUGAAACGUUGACCAUUAAUGCGCCACACAGUAUUCGGCAUGGUACUCGAAGACUUUCAUUGUCCGCCUUGCACGAGUGCUUGUGCCGAGACGAUUGCUCUGUUCAAGAGCUGACAUUAGAGAGCAUUUUGCUGGAUGGUGACAUGGGAGACAAUAGCAUACUGCAGAAUUCAUCGCUCAAGGCAAUGAAACUCCGCGGCCGAGCAAAUGUAACUUGUUCUCAAGUUGUCAAGUUUGCCAAAUCCUUCACGUGUUUGGAAAAUCUGGAUAUCGACUUCGAACCAUAUUCGGACCUUACGUCACUGGGUGAGCUACUACUCGGAGAAGGGUCUACACUGCAAAGUUUGAAGCUUUUCGUUCAACCGAAAGCUGGCAUGGACGAAAACUGGCAAGAAUUCUUCCAAAAACUACCGAAAAUGAAGUCUCUAAGAAACUUGGAUCUCCCUCGCGAAGUCGUCCGGUCAGAGGCAUGUAGAAGUGCACUUUUGAAUGCGAUGUGGCUCAAUAGUAGCAUUGAAAACAUGAAUCUCUUGAAGAACCUUGGACGCGUAAGUCCCUGGAGCGAUGCAGAGGAUGAAACGUUCGCUGAGUUCUUUUGCCAGAUAUCGCACCUUUUCAGCGUAAAUAGAGGUGGGCGGAGAUAUCUUCAGAACAAGCCUUCAGAACAACCACUGCCGCAAAAUCUUUGGCCACUUGUUCUGCAACGAGCGAUGGGAAUCGACUAUAUCUCUGAUUACCAUAAAUCGAAAUAUCCGAAGCUUCAAUCCCUGGAGUUUGAUGCUAUUUAUUGGCUACUACGAGAGAAGUUGUUCACUUGA